AUGCCUUCGCUUGAUUCUGGAGAGACACGCUUAGUCGAUCAACCCCAAUAUCUGCAGAAUGUCAAUCUUUGGCUUGAAUUGCUUCGUUUUCGCCUUCGCUUGGAUGGUCAGCAGGGUGCCAUAGACAUUGUUCAAGCGAUUGUCCAACGUCAAGUUGUCUUGCCCACACGUGGUCCUCUGGCUGACCAGCUCUGGUCAACUCUCCUCUGGUCCGCCGUCCAAUACCCGAAGAUGCUCCACCAUAUUUACCCCUAUCUUGUCGAAAGCCUUCCUCGCUCUGCCCUACUCGACAUCGAUCUAUACACUCGUCUUGUGGGCCCUCUGUUACGCCAUAAUCCCAUGUUCGCUGCGACCUGGCACAAGCGCCUGCAAGCCGAUGGUUUACUCCCAUCCGCCUUUGUUUCUGUUUUCGCUCGGUUCGUCACAGAUGUUUGCGGCAGUAACCACAAGUCGAGGGCUGUUGAAGCAUUCAAGAAAAUUUAUACUUCAGCUAAAGUAGAACAUGCAUACGAUGAGUGCAUGCUACCCAUCUGUCGCUUGCUUGACUUUUCUGAUGCUGUGGACAUGCACGCCUUCUUCUUACGGCAUGACGACUACCCUUCAUCCUCCAUGCAAUCCAUGCCUGUGAUAGCUCACUUGACCGAGCAUAGUUGGCUUGCCAAGUCGAAUAUGAAAUCGUCUUACGGCUACAAUUCUCUGAAGCCUGCUGAGCUGGACGUGCCACGUGCUGAAGCUAACAUGCUUUCUCUGACUCGCGAGAAUUUGAGCAGUAUCGUUGGCGAUGUUCAUAACAUUAGAGAGAAAGAGCUGAAUGAUGCUUUCUGCGCUCGCCUCUUUGCCACAACGGCAUUCUCCAUCGACUUGAUCAUCACUGGUCUGCGCAUGCUUGGACUGAAGGCAGUGGGCAAUCUAGCGCUCCGAGAGAUAGCUGCACGCGCGCCUAGCCCAGCCGACUUUAACACAACUAUUGAGGCCAUCAAAGCUGCCGGCAUAUCUGUGGUUGAUUCUGUCUUCAGUCGUGCGCUGCAAUUCUUCGCUAGUCGACCAGACAAACACCAGAGCUUCGAAUUUCUGGUUACAAGCGACCAGCACCCUACAGCAUAUGAAGAUCGAAUCCUGCAGAAACAACUGUUCGCUUCCUUCAUAGCUUCUGGUGAUCACAGUCAGGCAAAUGCUGUCCUAGACGUACUCACAUUGCAACACUCUCAGCCUGAACAUUAUCACGCAAAUUUGAUUCUGCAGACGUACGCUCACAGUGGACAGCGAGCAUCGACAAUACAGAUUUUGCACGAGAUGCGCUUGCAUCGCAUUCCAGUGUCGGAUGCAUCCUUACGAGUGAUCCAGUGGGCAUUGCUGAGACCUCGACUUCGAUCCAAAAGACCCAUCUCACAACGUCAUGAUGAGUAUAAAGACGACUUAGACUUUACCACCAAUGUGUUUUUGGAGACUUUGCGCACCGGCCAACUCUUGAAUCCUACACGAUGGCAUGAGAUACUAAGGCGAUACGGAAUGGAGAACAGACUGGAAUCUCUCGAGAGACUGUCUAUCUGGUUGGCCUCAUGGUAUUCAGGUCGCAUCGAUUCUGAUGAUCGCGCUCUGGGUGGAAGUCUCCCCCGAGAUCAAGGUCUUGUCGAGGCAAACUCAAAGCCACCAAGCAAGGAUGGUCAGCAUCCUCUGGCCGUCAUCUUCACUCCCCACCUCUUGCGUGCUAUUGUUGCGUGGGGCUUCAAAAGCGAGGCAUCGUCACCAGAGAAUACUACCUCUAUCAAGCUUGGCUCUUCAGCAGACUCGAACAGCCAUAGCCAAGGCUCUGAUACGGGAACAAUCCAGAUUCCAAGAGACUGGACUAGAGGUUUGACACUCAUUCGCAACCUUGAUCGUCUUGGGGUCGAUCUCCGAGGCAAGGGGUUGCGCAGAGAAGUCAAGCUUCGACUUUGGAUUCUCUAUGGACCAGGCAAAUCAACAGUGGCAGCUAAUCGGCAAGCCCAGAAGAUGAACAAGUUCUCUCUGGUACACCGAGUCAACCAAAUACACCGAAUCAUGGGUUUCAACUGGCUUAGACUGCCUUCAGAACUUCGGGCCCGUUCUGAUGUAAACCACUGGACAAUGUACCGUGCGCUGUUCGGUCAACCCCGGAGAAUGAGAUCUAGAAAAUCAAAACAAGAUCGUGGCUGA